UAACGUAACAUUAUUAUAGUUAUUGGUGUAUGUGUUCAUCUAAAACCCUCCAAUGUAUACUUUUGUGUAUGAAUUCGAUUCUUCCUGAGAAAUUGUAUUCAUUUCAAAAGUAUUCGAAUUUAUUUUGAGGCAUUCGAAUAUGUGAAUAUCCGGGCUGUAUUCGAAUACUAUUCGAUUCUCUCAUCACUAUACUGCUACAGUACAGACAAUAGGUUGUGGAAGUGCCGUUGUGAGGUAGUAGGGGAUGUACACAAACUUGGAGGUUAGGAAGUAGUUUGCAACAUUAAUUUGUGUAUGUUUUCUCGUUGACUUGUAAUUAUUAACUACAACAUGAACAGUUUUGGUAAAAAUAAAGUGUUAUUAAGCACUCCUAAUCAAAGUAGAUCUUUCGGCCCCUAUGGUAGGGGUGGCAAUAGGAACUUUGUACCCCAAAAUGGAAGGCCUGACAGACCUAAUAAUGAUUGCCGGCCCUAUUUUUCUGAUCAGUUAAUUCUUAGUCGAGUGGCACAGUAUCUUCAGAAUACUGGAAAAAAUGCGUUCAUUGAUUUUGACCUCAUGGUUGAUGACCUCCAAAGAGAAUUCAGAGAAUACAGAAGAAAGAAGCGGUCAGCUUUCAAACAUCUUCUCAAAAAAGCUGUUGAGGUGAUAACAUUCGAAAAUGCUUUGAACCAACAUGGUAGUGUUCCGAUUGAUGAAGUUGAUGAAGACGAGAAUGGGUAUGCAGUUGAGAGGUCUCCAGAUUAUGCUUUUGAGGGUGAUGGUGAUGUGAAUUCUACUCUAGAAGACAGUUACUUACAACAAAAUGCGAAAAGAAGCAGGAAAACAUCAGACCCUGGCACUCAAGAGUUGAUUAGCAUUGUAACCAGUGAUGAAGAUGAUGCUGAAGGCAACCCUGCUAAAGCUGCUGAGGGUAAAAGCAGUGAGCCACCACCUCAAAGAACAGAGCUGGUCCCACCAGAAGUGUCCCCAGUAGCUAGGCCUGUGGGAGGGGAGACUCAGACCACGAAGAAGCGGCGGGCCGAGGCUAGGUUGGCAAGUAGCAAGAAGUUUAAGACCUCUCUGGAGCCUUUGCGACCCAGUGUUUCUUUCAAGGACAUCGGUGGUAAUGAAAAGGUUUUACAAGAAGUUACACAGCUGCUGAUCCACAUGCGCCAUCCAGAGGUCUACCGUGUGCUAGGAGUGUCUCCUCCAAGAGGAUUUCUACUGCACGGACCUCCAGGUUCGGGCAAGACUCUGCUGGCCCACGCCAUAUCUGGGGAGCUGAAGUUCCCACUGCUGAAGGUGGCAGCUCCUGAACUGGUAGGGGGGCUGUCAGGACAGUCGGAGGAGAGGAUCCGGGAGCUGUUUGAGGAGGCAGUGGCACUGGCUCCUUGCAUCCUGUUCAUAGAUGAGGUGGACGCCAUCACACCCAACCGUGAGACGGCUCAACGUGAGAUGGAACGGCGUAUCGUAGCUCAGUUACUCUCCUCUAUGGAUGAACUGGCGAACAAUGAGAAGGGGGAUCAGGUGCUGGUGAUAGGAGCCACGAACCGGCCUGACUCACUGGACCCUGCACUACGCCGCGCAGGCAGGUUCGACCGGGAGGUCUGUUUGGGUAUCCCGGACAGAGAGUCCCGCUUGUCUAUCCUGCAGACGUUGUGUCACUCUCUACGGCUGACACCAGACCUACAACUGUCAGAGGUAGCCAUGAUGACACCUGGCUAUGUGGGGGCUGACCUCAAAUCUCUGGUCACCGAGUCUGCUAUGGCUGCUGUCAACAGGCUGUUCAAGACUCUGAGGGUGCCCGACACAAAGACCUCUCCAGCAGAAGUAGUGCAGACGACAUCCAGUACAUCUGGUGAGACCAGCAAUGCAACUGCCCUGAUAGUGGCUAAUGAGGAUGCAGGUCAAGAAGCCACUAAAAAAUCUGAAGACUCUGACAAAAAACCAGACAAUCCUGAAGGAGCCACCACUGAGGUAGAAGAGAUGGAGGUACAGGUGGUGCCUCUGGACAAUGAAGAUACAUCAGAUGAUGUUCAGGUGCUGGAUGAGCAGACCUCACCACCUCAAGGAGAGGAAAGGAAAUCAGCUGAGCCUGAGCCUGAGCCAGAGCCAGAGCCAAAGCCAGAGACCACUCCUCCCUCCUUACUCCACUCCACACCCCUCACAAAGGAACAACUUGAAGAAGUGUACAUCACAAUGGAGGAUUUCCGAGUAGCUCUCAAGUCUGUGCAGCCAUCAGCUAAGAGGGAAGGGUUCGCAACUGUCCCAGAUGUCAAGUGGGAAGACAUCGGCUCCUUGCAGGACAUCCGACAUGACCUCGAAAUGGCUAUAUUGGCUCCAGUAAAGUUCCCGCAGCAGUUCUCUCAGAUGGGUCUCCACACGCCUACUGGAGUGCUGCUAUGCGGACCUCCCGGCUGCGGCAAAACCUUGCUGGCCAAGGCGGUGGCUAAUGAGGCUGGAAUCAACUUCAUCUCUGUCAAGGGCCCUGAACUGCUGAACAUGUAUGUUGGAGAGAGUGAGCGUGCGGUGAGGCAGUGCUUCCAGCGUGCACGCAGUUCUCAGCCCUGCGUGAUAUUCUUUGAUGAGAUCGAUGCGCUGUGCCCCAAGCGAACCAACAUGGAGAACGGAGCCAGUCGAGUGGUCAAUCAACUGCUCACCGAGAUGGAUGGCGUAGAGGCGAGACCUGGCGUUUUCCUCAUGGCUGCAACCAACCGACCCGAUAUUGUUGACCCUGCUGUGAUGAGACCAGGAAGACUGGACAAGGUACUUUAUGUAGGGUUGCCGGCUGCAGAGGAUCGGAUGGACAUUCUCAGAGCUCUUACCAAGGGAGGCAAAACACCACUGUUAGGUGAGGAUGUGGAUUUGACUGAGGUAGCACGGAACCCUUGCUGUGAGGGCUACAGUGGAGCAGACUUGGCAGCCUUGGUGCGAGAGGCCAGCAUAGAGGCUCUCAAGGAGUUCAUGGCAUCAAGAGAUCAAAACCAGGAUCAGAUGGCAGGAGAAAUUAAGGUGUGUGGACGACACUUCACUGCAGCUCUCAGCAAGAUACGGCCCUCUGUUUCCGACAGGGACAAGAUGAGGUAUGAGCAACUACGGCUGCAAUAUGCUGCAGUACCUUCCAAAGGAUAAUUAUUAUUUUCUAUCUAGUUUGGUGGUUUGGUUUCAGAUUUAAUGGCUACAUUAUCGUUCAAGAAAUUCUACCACAUGAACAGGAUGCUGUAUCAAUCCUUUCUAGAGGAAGCAAGCUUGAUGUAUAAUUUAGUUACAAGCAUGUUUAUUCAGAGACAUUGAAUAUUGUAAUAAAGUAUUUUAUUAUUUGAAAA